AUGCUCGUUGCAUACAUGCUCCAAUUUCUCGAUAAACAGACAUUGAGCUCAUCUACAAUUAUGGGCAUAAUAACAGACCUCAAAUUGCAUGGCUCUCAGUAUAGCUGGGCUUCGAGCUGCUUCUAUUUUGGCUAUCUUUUUGCAACAUACCCGGUUUCGUUGAUCUUAAUCAAGUUUCCGCUGGGAAAGUCCCUAUCAAUCAUGUUUUUGAUUUGGGCCAUUAUACUUGCGUGCCAUGCUGCGGCCAAGAACUUUGCGACACUGAUGGUUACACGGUUCUUCCUCGGUAUUGCCGAGGCGAGCAUCUCGCCCGGAUUCAGUCUGAUCACAUCACUCUGGUAUCGAACCUCAGAGCAGCCAUGGAGGCACGGUCUUUGGUUCUGCGGAAAUUCACUCUCAUCGGUCUUCAGUGGACUAAUCGGAUAUGGAAUCUAUCAUAUCCAUGAUAGUCUGGCUUCCUGGAAGUGGCUCUUCAUUAUUUUUGGCAUUUUGACAUUUGUGUGGGGGCUCGUCCUAUUAUGGCGCUUGCCUGAUAGUCCGCGAAACGCCAAAUUCAUCAGUGAAAAGGAGAAGAAGAUCGCCAUGCACCGAUUGAGGGCCAAUCAAGCAGGUUUCAAGAGCAAUAAACUAGAGCUUUCUCAGAUAAAAGAGGCUCUUCUCGAUUAUAAGACUUGGCUUGUUGCUGUCUAUUCUCUCACCACAAAUAUCCCCAAUGGGGGAAGUUUAGCUUUCUCUUCAUUGAUUCUUGAAGGAUUUGGCUUUUCGGUUCUAAACACUUUCUUGAUGGGAAUUCCAAUGGGAAUAGUCAUUUUUUUGUUUGUUCUUUCGACAACAUACCUAUCUUCAAAGCUGCCGAAUGCCAGGUGUCUGAUAAUUGCAGCGGUCAAUGUUAUCAGCAUUACUGGCGCCGUUGUUAUCUAUACUUGCGACACUAUUGGAGCGAAAUACGCUGGACUUUGCCUUAUGCAAGUCUUCUCCAGUGGCAUGCCUCUCUCAAUGGCUCUGGUCAGCUCUAACAUAGGAGGCUUCACAAAACGAGCCACCGUGAUCACAUGUUUAUUCACGUGCUAUUGCGCUGGAAAUAUUAUCGGUCCUCAGCUGUUCUUCGCCAGGGAGGCCCCUCGCUACAAGGUAAUUACCCCAAUCUCUCUAAAGCUCGUCAUUGACCCAGGCUAA